AUGUCCCUAAAUUUCAGAGCCACCGCCACUCUUCUCCUUGUUACAACAUCUUUCAUGUUCUCCUUCUCCUCCUCCUCCUCCACCUCCUCCGCGAGCGAAGCAAAAGAAAACCUCAUUGGGUAUUCUUCCAUCAGAGUCAGAGGCGCCAACACGAAGUUCACCAUCAACAUAAAGUCAACCAACUACAAUUUCAAUGGUUGCUGUGAUCACAAGAACCCAGCUGCUGACCUGGCGGCGGCGGCCGGACGGAAGUUGAAUAAGCACGGAGGCAACGGGACCGCCACCGCGCCGGAGCUGGCGGCCGGAGGGACGACGAUGACAAUGAUGAGGUGUCCGAUGGAGAGGGUGAUGAAGGUGGGAGCGGGGUGCGUUGAUGGGCUGGUGACGAUGGUCCACGAUAGUAAUGGGCCUCUUGGAGUGGGCCGGGCCGGAGUUAUUGGCGGCCCAGUGGCGGUGGAUUCAGUUGUGGUCAAACAGUGCUGCUCUGUUUUAGGAGGAGACGGGAUGGUGGGCCUCAAUACGACGGCGGAUUGCCUGUGUGCUACGCUUAAGGUCAAGGCUUUGGAUUUGAAGGCGUACGUGCCUCUUGCUCGUCACCUUCUUGCCUCCUGUGCCAAUAUGACGACUAAUACUGCACCACCACCCCAAUUCACUUGCUCUCCCGUCUCUUGA